UGUUCUGUGCUUAGCAAAAAAACUUAUAUUAGGCGAUGGAGUUGAUUCCUUGUCUUCCCGACGAAAUCGCUCGCGAGUGUUUAAUCCGAGUACCUUACAGAGGCUUCUCUACGGUUUCGGCCGUUUGCAAAGGCUGGAAAGAAGAGAUCGAAUCCCUACAGUUUCAGCAGCAGAGGCAAGCCAAUGGCUUGACUCGACCAAUCGUUGUGCUCACACAAGCUGAUUCCACCGGAGCUUCCGCUGGUGCUACCAAGAAUUUAAUCCCACCUUCUUAUAGGCUCACGAUUUACGAACCGGUUACCGGCGCAUGGACUAAGCUACCGCCGUUACCUGGAUUUUCCGACGGUUUACCGUUGUUCUGUCAAUUCGCCGGUGUUGGCCGGAAAUUGGUGGUUAUCGGUGGGUGGUAUCCGGGGACUUGGGCGGUCUCCAAAUCUGUUUUCGUUUACGAUUUCGUGUCGGCGAAGUGGCACCAAGGGGCCGACAUGCCCGGUGUAUCACGCUCGUUCUCUGCAUGCGCAUCAGAUUCCGAUCGGAUGGUGUUUGUUGCUGGAGGCCAUGAUGAUGGGAAAAAUGCCUUGAGAUCUGCAAUGGUGUAUGAUGUGGCUAAAGACGAGUGGGUCCUACUCCCUGAUAUGGCACUACAAAGGGACGAGUGCAAAGGAAUCUUCCAUGGUGACAAGUUCCACGUCAUCGGUGGGUAUUCCACCGAUAUGCAAGGUCGGUUUGUGAAGAGUGCCGAGGCUUUUGAUGUCACCACGUGGCAGUGGGACCAGGUGCAGGAGGACAUGUUGGAGGAGGGAAUCUGCCCAAGGACCUGUGUGGCCGGUGACGUGGGGAAAUUCUACAGAUGCCAGAGUGUCCAUGUGACAGUUUUAGAAGAAAGUGGGUCCUGGCGAGCAGUUGCGGAGCUGCCAUUGGAUGUACGUGUGGGGCCAUGCCUGGUGACAUGGCAGGGAAAGUUAUUGGUACUGGGAUCGGCUACGCAUGGUGGGCGCCACAUGGCAUAUGCGUUGGACUUGCAACGUUACACGUGGACAAGAGUUGAAGCUCCGGAGGAAUAUACGGGUCAUGUUCAGGCAGGGUGUUGCUUGGAGGUCUGAUAUAGCUUAAGGGUUUGUUUGGUUGUAUGUUGUGAAUUGCAACUUUAAAAAUUUAAAGAGUUCAAGUUUUUUUUUUUUUUUUU